AUGGUCGAAUCCUCGAUGUUCGUAAGAAUUUUUAUUACAUUCUUCUUUUUCCAUAAAACGUUCUCAAAUGAAUUACGUAUUAAUACAACAUCAGGUAUAUUUGAAGGUAAAGAAGUAAUUAUUGAAUAUGUUCCAGUACGACAAUUUUUUGGCAUUCCAUAUGGUGAAAAACCAGUUCGUUUUGAAAUGCCAAUAUUACGAAAAUAUAAUUCAAAAAAUAUUACUCGUGCUACUGAACGAACACCGGGUUGUCUUCAGGCAUCUGGUGGACUUUCCUAUGGUCCAUUUGAAUUAUCAGAUAUGUAUGAAGAAGAUUGUUUAACAUUAAAUAUGUUUAUUCCUAAAACAAAAUCUUUAUCAUCAAAAGCAAUUAUGGUUUUUUGUCAUGGUGGUUCAAAUCAAGUGGGUUCAGCUUCAUUAUUCGAUGGAAGUGCUAUUGCUGCUCUAGGCAAUGUUAUUGUUAUAACAAUAAAUUAUCGAUUAAAUAUAUUAGGAUUUUUAACACCAGGUCCUGAUAUAAUGUCUGGAAAUUAUGGUUUACAUGAUCAAAUUUUAGCAUUAAAAUGGGUAUCAAUUAAUGCAAAAAAUUUUAAUGGUGAUCCAAAACGUAUUACUUAUAUUGGACAUUCAGCCGGUGCAGCUAAUGCUGUAUUACUUGCUAUGUCUAAACGAUCUGAUGGUUUAAUAGCUCGAGUUAUUGCACAAAGUGGUUGUCCAUUGAAUCAAUGGGCCAUUGAUAGGCAACCAUCACUUCGUUUUGAUAAUGUUAUAGGACGUCAUGGUAUGAAAGCAAAGAAAAAAUAUAUGCAAUCAAAUAUUAAUCAAUUAAAAAAUAUAUCAGCAGAAAAUUUUCGUUAUAUGUAUCAUUCAGGAUUAGAAAUUUCACCAGAUUAUCCAUUUCCUAUUAUUGAUAAUGAUAUUUUAUCAAAUAAUCUUGAAGAAUUAAUUCGUACAGGACCACUUGUAAAUGUUGAUCUAUUAGUUGGUGUUACAGCUGAUGAAGCAUUAUAUUUUGCUGAAGAACAUAUAUUUAAUCAUUAUUUACCACGAAAAUAUCGUACUAGUCCAUCAUUAACAACUACUCAACGACCAUCAACAACAAAAACUAAUGAAAUUAAUAUAGUACAAAAUCGUACAGAAAAAUCAAUCGAAAAUGAACAUCCUCGAGGAUUUUCUUAUUUUAGAAAAAAUAAUUAUAUUAAAAAUUAUUUAAAGACUAACUAUCCGGAUCAUUUAUGUUACUAUGAAGAAAUUCAAGCACGAUAUAUGCCAAGUAGCAAACAUCAACACAAUCUUACUGAAACUGCUCGUCUUUAUACAAAUCUAGUCAGUGAUUUAAUGUUUUAUUAUGAUCUGAUUCGUUUUCUUCAUGAACGUUUACGUUCAAAUACAUCAGCAUCAACUUAUGUCUAUUAUUAUACAAAUCCACCUGUAUUUGAUCUUGAUAAUGUACUUCGACGUAUUCCAAAUAUGAUUGGACAUUUUGCUGAACUUGAUUUAACAUGGGGUAUUCCAUACUUUAAUCGUAAAAAUCGUACAAAUAUAGCUUAUAAUAUGAAUAUAUCAUAUAAAUCAGAAGAAGUUGAAUUAAGUUUACAUUUAAUUCGAUAUUGGACAAACUUUGCUAAAACAGGAAAUCCAAAUGAACCAGAAUAUGUACCAGCUUAUUGGCCACCAUAUGAAAAAACAAGAAAAUCUUAUAUAAAUUUUAAUACAUAUGAUAUACAAAUUGAAGAUCAAUUUUUAGAAGAACGUUUUCAAUUUUGGCAUAUGAUAUUACAUCGUCCAACAUGUGCACCAUUUCAUUGGUAUCAUACAUGUUUACUUGUCGGUAUACUUAUACUUGUUCUUACUCUAUUAGCAAUAUAUAUUUUUUAUAAUGCUAAACGAUCACGUCGAAAUAUAAAACCAACUGAAACAACAAAUGAUGAUGUUGUGACUACUUAUCAUUUUUUAUCUGCUGUUGUCUCUUAG